AUGUCCUUCGCAACAGCAUCAGCAGCCUCCGCAGCAUCAACUCCUGCCAACGCGGCGGUUAAUAGCGGCAGCACAACCGCAACUGCAGGCAGCACCACGACUACUGCUCAGACACCGCUCGUCCCUGCCUUCAAGAGCGCCAUCGUCCGCAGCGUCCUCAGUGGUGACACCAUCGUCAUUCGACCCAAAGGUGUCAAUAUCCCCGGCAAGGAGGAGACCGUGCACAUUGCCGGCAUCGCUGCUCCUCGUCUUGGAUCGCGAGAUCGUGAAGAUGACCCGCAAGCUUUUCCUUCUCGCGAGUAUCUCCGUCUGCUCACUGUAGGACGUGAGAUCAGGUACCGCAAUGAGUACACCGUCCCGGCUCCUGCAGCAGUUCCUGGCAGCGUCGUCGCUCAGCCUCGUCAGUUUGCCCACGUCUUCCUCCCUCCCAAAGGGCCUGGUUUACCGGACACCAACGUAGCUCACGAGAUCCUCGCUGCUGGUUGGGCCAAGGUGCACGACUCGGUUGCUCGUCGCAGCGAUGAAGCUGAUGACAGCGGCAGUUGGAAGCAGAAGCUGCGCAGCGUUCAGGAACAAGCCGUAGCUGCUGGUGUCGGUCUCUGGGGUCCCGAUGACUUGCUCAAGGUCCACCACUCGAUGCCAGAAGACACGGCUGCAUUCUUGGCCGAGUGGAAGGGCAAGCCCAUCGAGUCGAUCGUCGAACAGGUUCGAGAUGGCAGCAUGCUCCGAGUCCGUCUCUUGCUUUCUUCGACACACCAGCAGAUGAUCAAUCUCAGCUUGGCAGGUAUCAAGGCACCGCGUGUUACUGGUGGCGGAGGUGCUAGCCCCACCGAUACCAGCGAACCCUUAGGUGAAGAGGCCAAAUUCUUUGUCGAAAGCCGUCUUUUGCAGCGAAAUAUCAAGGUCACUUUGCUCUCAGUGCCUCAGCCUGUUGCUGCAUCAACACCGUUUGCUAGCACUGCUUUGUCCGCUGCCGCCCCUGCACCUGCACCUGCACAGCCUUCAGCUAGCGUUCUGAUCGGCCUCGCCAUCCACCCUGUCGGUGACAUUGCUCAGUUCUUGCUGGCUGCUGGUCUCGCUCGCUGUGUCGACUGGCAUGCCGGUAUGCUCGCUUCCUAUGGCGGCAUGGAAAAGUACCGUCUAGCUGAACGAGCUGCUAAGGAGAAGCGUCUCAACCUCUGGCAAUCUUACUCGGCCCCUUAUUCGUCUUCGACCACCCUCGCCAGUCAGCCUGUCGCUGCACGCACCUUCGACGCCGUCGUUUCACGCAUCAUCUCUGGUGACACUAUCCAGGUGCGCAAGGCCCUCGGCGAUGGCAAGCUCGGCCCCGAGAAGCGCAUUCAGUUCUCGUCACUGCGUCAACCUCAGGCGAAGGAUGCCAAGCAGGCUGGCUACGCAGCUGAAGCACGCGAGUUCCUCCGCAAGCGUCUCGUCGGCAAGACCGUCUCGGUGCAGAUGGACUACAUCAAGCCCAAAGAAGGCGACUUUGACGAGCGAGAGUAUGCCACCAUUAAACAAGGCAAGCAGGAUGCCGACAUUGGUUUGCUUCUCAUCUCCAAAGGUCUCGCCACUGUCCAGAGGCAUCGUCGUGAUGAUGAAGACCGAUCUCCCGACUUUGACCGUCUGACGGAAGCCGAGGCCAAAGCCGUCAGCGAAGCUAAAGGUAUCCACUCCGGCAAGGAACUCCCCGCUCCCCGUAUGGGUGAUGCUUCGGAAACCGCUUCCAAAGCCAACACUUUCCUUCCCGGACUUAAGCGUGCUGGUCGCAUCACCGCCAUUGUCGACUUUGUUGCUUCUGCUUCUAGGUUCAAGCUGAUCGUUCCGAGGGAGAAUGUUCGACUUACGUUUGUGCUUGCUGGUAUUCGUGCGCCAAAGACGGCGCGCAAUACGAGCGAGAAGGACGAACCGUUUGGGAGGGAAGGGUUGGAUUUCUCGACUAUGCGUGCAUUGCAGCGAGAUGUGGAGAUCGAAGUGUUCAGCACGGACAAGGUCGGUGGGUUUAUCGGUGCGUUGUAUCUGAACAAGACGGAUAAUAUGGCUGUGUCGUUAGUCGAAGGAGGAUUGGCUACUGUGCAUGGCUACAGUGCUGAGGCAACGCCGUUCUACAAGCAGUUGUUGGAUGCUGAGGAGAAGGCGAAGGCGGGUAAGCUUGGAGUUUGGCAUGAUUACGAUGCUGCUGCUGAGGAGGCUGGAGAGUAUGCUGAUUCCACGGGUGCUGUUGCUGGUGGCGCUGUUGGUGGUGGUGUUGGAGCUGCCCGUGCUCGUGGAGCUCAAGCUUGGGGUUCAGCUGCUGCCAAUGGAGGCGGUGCUGCUUCCGCUACUGGCGCUGCUCCUGUUCCCGCCAGGACAGAAUACGUGGACUGUAUCAUUUCCGACGUCCGCGGCUCAUCCAAUUCAGACGACCCGUUCGGAUUCAGCAUCCAAGUCCUCAACGACCAAAUCCAAGAACUCGAAUCCCUCAUGGAAGAAUUUUCUUUGCAUCACGAAUCACCCACCUCUUCCUCCCCCUCCAACUUCAUCCCUCGCGCUGGUGAUCUCGUCUCGGCCAAAUUCUCCCAAGACAACGCCUGGUACCGAGCCAUCAUCCGCAAAACCUCCCCUGCGCUCAAAGAAGCCCUAGUAUCCUUCAUUGAUUAUGGUAACCAAGAACACGUGAAAUUCUCCAACCUUCGUCCACUCGAUUCCACACGUUUCGGUCGCACCCGUCUCGCACCGCAAGCUAAAGACGCACGUCUUUCCUUCGUUAAGCUAUACGAUGGGAAACAGGCAGAGUACGUAGAGGAAGCAUUGGACAGGUUCAGACAGAUCGCAGCAGAGGGUAGGAAGAUGAUCGCCAACAUUGAUUAUGUUGAGCCAGGGACGGGGGUUGUACAUGUUACUUUGUACGAUCCGGAAAGUCCGAGUGUUGGAAAGAGUCCGGAGGAGGGAUGUAUUAAUUAUGAGUUGACGAGGGAAGGGUAUGCGUUGUUGGAUAAGGGUGUGAGGUAUUGGAAGAGUUAUCCAGUGCUGACAAAGGCGUUGGAGAGAGGGUUGGAGGAGGCGAGUCAUAGGCAUAGGGGUGUUUUUGAGUAUGGUGAUCCGACCGAGGACUAA